AUGCCGUCGUUUCCUCAGCCGGGCACUGUCACCAUUUGCGAAAUCAACAGAGAACUUGUUACCGCAGAUCACCUAAGCGAUGACAAGGCCAGGGAUACAUACGCUAAAAUCCUCGGAACUGUGUUUAGUCCCAUUGCAUUCGAGCCUGACAGCUUAUCGGCCGCUGCAACUGAAUUGGAAACCGUUCCGCAAAACAAGGGCAGUUUGGGUAUUCUAUCAGCAGCCGUGCAAGCCCUGUUGAGUGGCUCAAUCAGGCCUCUUUUGCAGCCUGCUGAUGUAAAACUAUUGCAAGGAAUCGAUCUUCACAGCUUAAGUUGGCACCACCACAAACCUAUUUUAGCAUUUAUUUCUGGACCCCAUCAUGUGACAAUCUGUGAUUACGAUGAUUCCGAUGGAAAAACUACUUGUGUCUUAUCCCAUGAGUCACAAAAAGAUGUAAAGAUUCUCGAGUGGAGACCAAAUGGAGGGAAAACUCUUUCUGUGGCUUGCAAUGGUGGCAUUUGUAUCUGGGUUGCUUCUAGUCCAGGGAAUGUUCCAUCUGUGAGAUCAGGGGUGCAUUCAAACACACUUUCUAGAGGCACCGUGAGUCGAUGGAUUCUGGUGGAUUUUCUUCAAAGUUCUGAUUCUGAACUUAUUAGUGCAUUAUCAUGGAGUCCUGAUGGAAGAUAUCCAAACCAACUACUUUUUUUUUGUUUUACAUAUUUAGCAUCAGCUUCAUUUCAGAGUUCAUCUUUCACCAUUUGGGAUGUUUCACAAGGGUUGGGAACUCCUAUUCGAAGGGGCUUAGGGGGCAUAUCAUUGUUGAAGUGGUCUCCCUCUGGAGAUUAUUUCUUUGCUGCAAAAUUUGAUGGGACAUUUUAUCUCUGGGAGACAAAUACAUGGACAUCAGAACCAUGGUCCUCGAAAAACGGAGUUGUCACGGGAGCAACGUGGGAUCCUGAUGGGCGCAUGAUACUUCUUUCAUUUUCUGAAUCUUCAGCAUUGGGAUCAAUUCACUUUAGCUCAAAACCUCCAUCACUAGAUGCACAUCUUAUACCAGUUGAAUUACCAGAGAUCAAAUCUUUAACUGACAGCCAAGUUAUUGAGAAGAUAGCAUGGGAUGCUUCAGGGGAGAGACUUGCAGUAUCCUAUAGAGAUGGAGAUGAGUUGUGCAAAGGUCUCAUAGCCAUAUUUGAUGUUAAGAGAACUCCCUUAAUUUCAACUUCAUUGAUUGGAUUUAUCCGAGGGCCUGGGGACAAUCCGAAGCCAUUAGCAUUUUCAUUCCAUGACAAGUUCAAACAAGGACCAUUGCUUUCUUGUUGGAACACUGGAUUUUGCUGCACGUACCCUCUCAUUUUCCGUUCCAAUGGAUCGACUAAAUUUGACCAUGGUAGAUGGAUCUCAUCAGAUUCAGGUGAAGUUCCAUUUUCCGAUUUCAGAUUUUUGCCGAGAUUGUUUAACUAUAGUAUUGGCGGCUUGUGGUGA